AUGAGAACAGCAACUAUCACUUCCGUUUUCUUCGUCCUGGCAGCUUGUCUUCUGAGGAGCAGCGAGGCGGUGACCUGCACCGCCGAUCCCACCGUGAGCGGUUGCAUUGACUGCACCACCAAUCCCACCAACGCGGAGUGCGUGGCCGAGGCAGCUGCUGAUACCACCAGCACCACCACCACCACAACCACUGUGGCACCCACUUCGAGCACCACCACCUCUGCAUCGACGACCACCUCAUCGCCCAUCACCACCGGCGGAAACCGAAAGAUCGUGCGCGUGAGCAACCUGCAGUACUCCGUCACCCGUCGCAUCCGCGUCAACGGCACAACUGCCCGCUCCACCAACCGCAGUGGCAGGUCCAAUCGCAGAUCCAACGGCAGAUCCAAUGGCAGGUCCAAUGGCAGGCGCAGCAACAACUCGAACCGCAACCAGAGGAGCAGGAACAACAACGCCAGGAGUGGCAGAAGCCAAAACCGACGAGGAAAUCGUCGCGGCAACGUUCGAGUCAUAGUUGCUUAG